CCACGUGUCCCUGUAAAGCCCUAAAAGCCCAUAUGGUUGAGACUUAAAACCCUAACAAUAAUUGCAGUGAAUUGGUAAGGAGAUAGAUUGUAAUUUGUAAAGAAUAUGGGCGAAGAGGCAGCUUCUUCUCGAGUGAGCCCAAAAACAGUGGAGAAAGCGGUGAAUGCGCUGCUGAAAUGGAGAGAUUCUCAGUCCCAUACCCAAAAGCCUCAACUUCUCGAGCAAGAUGAAUUGCUUUAUCUGAUCGUCAGCCUCAAGAAAAAUCCUCAAAAGCCUCGCGUUAAUCCCUACAAAGUGCUUCUCCCGCACCCCCUCAUCGAUCCCUCUACGGAUCCUGCCGAGCUUUGCAUGGUCAUUGAUGACCGACCCAAGUCAGGCCUCACUAAAGAUGCUGCGUCCAAGAAAAUUAAGUCCGAAUACAUACCCAUCAGCAAGGUGGUCAAGCUGUCCAAGCUCAAGACCGAUUAUCGCCCCUUCGAGGCCAAAAGAAAGCUCUGCGAUUCCUAUGACAUGUUUUUUGCGGAUAAGAGGAUUAUCCCGCUUCUGCCUCGGCUAUUGGGGAAACAGUUUUUCAAAAAGAAGAAGAUUCCAGUGCCUGUAGACCUCAAGCACAACAACUGGAAGGAGCAGAUUCACAAGGCUUGUGCCUCUGCUAUGUUGUUCUUGAGUAGUGGAACUUGCAGCGUGGUGAAGGUGGGGAAACUUUCCAUGGGGAAAAAGGAGAUUGUUGAAAAUGUGAUAGCUGCUAUUAAUGGGAUUGCAGAGAUUGUGCCCUUCCAGUGGGGCAAUAUAAGAUCUUUUCAUUUGAAGUUGCUUGACAGCAUGGCGCUUCCUUUUUAUCAGGUUAUGCCUGAUAUGCGUUUGAAGAUUCUGUCUGAAGUUGAUCACCCUUCUUCUACUAAGGAUGUCUUGGAAGAAAAUCAAGAAGAGGAAGUUGAAGAAGAAGAAGAUGCUUCUCACGAGAAGAAGAAGAAGAAAAACAAGGGGAGGAUACACGAAGUUCAGUACAUGGAUGAAAAUAGUAAUAAGACUAACUCUGGAGCUAAGAGAAUAGAUGAAACCAAAACUGACAAUGUCUCGAACAAGAAAACUAAGACUGCACUGAAAAAGUUAGGUGCUAUUGACAUAAGGGAUAAGAAAAAGAAGAAAACUCUAGCGGCACAGUGAUUUGUCUUCUUCAACAGUUCCGAGUAAACUAGUUUUUAAGUGGAAUUCAAAUGCUUCUUGUUCUUGCACUUGGUGGAUGUAUUUGCAUUAUCUUAGCCAUAACAUGUCUUGAGGACCCAUUAAUUUCGCAGUCUAUGAAGGUGAACUGAUAAUAUCAUGGAAUGGUGGAGGAACUUGAGAGAAAGAGAGGGGGGCUAUACUGAGAGAAUUACUGGACUGAGUAACUUUUUGUAUCAUGUUGUGUGAAUGGAAAAGGAAAUAAUCCUCGCCAUGUGUCUAAUUGCCCUGACCAUACGACAAUUAUCAAUAUGAUAUUUUCUAGCAGGCAUCAUCUCUCUCUCUCUCUACAACUAACCCACUGCCUUCAAGAGCCGAGGAGGGAGCAGGAAGUUGUUUGUGGUGUGGGAAAUUUGGUAUCUUGGUGUACUUUUUCCUUUUUUGCUUUGUUUGUGAUUUUGAUAUUUGAUAAAUUGGGAAUCAAGCGGGCAUUUUCAGUGGAUUCUUAAUAUAUUAGGAAAAGAAAAAGAAAUCUUGGUAACUGUGUCCUAACGGAAGGAGCAAAGGGGUUUUAAAGACUGUCAUUGUCUGAUGUGUGCUGGAAACACAAGGAAAAUGAAGUGUGAACUAGCAAUGGGAAGUGUGUUGAGCUCUCUGGUCAUUACCUGCAGCAUCAAACUUCUCCUAAAAGUUUGUAGUCUUUGUCUCACUUAAACUAAGAUUUGUACCAUUCCACUUCUUAUUUUCAAAGCAAACUUUGGUUUUGUUUGUGAGGUUGGUUCUGGUCAUGCUAUGUCAGUGUUAAUUAAUUGUAUUAAACAUAUUUUCAUUAAACUUUAUAGGCUUUGCUUUUUCUAUCCAUGACUUUAUUGUUUCAUUUCCUUUCACUAUAUGGGCUUUAUAUAUUUUAUGUGUCGGUUAUUUGCAUGUUAGUUCCCUAUAUAUUACCUUGUUUUUCUUGCUUGCUUGUUGCUUCUUAAAUUCGUAAGUGUUUGGAUGCAGGACUGUACGCUCAAGUGCAGCUGUAGCACUCGGAAAGCUUAGUACACUAAAUACCAGGGUUGACUAUUUUUGACAUUUUGCCUUUGUAUGGGUUAUUUAUUGAUAUAAGUUAUUGAUAUAUGACUGUUCAGGCAUUGGAUUCUGGAGAAAGGCAGGCCAUUUUGACUGCUUUAAGAGGUGUGGUAAGGCAUGCUGGAUAGAAUGCAAGCCCUGCAAUUAGAAUUCGUGUUGUCACUGUCCUUAAGGAUUUAAUUCAUCAUGAUGAUGACAAAGCUUGAGUUUUUGCUUCAAGCAUAUUGACUAUUUAGUUUUAUAUCACUGGUAUCUUGUAGAUAUUCUUAAGAACUUUUAUUCAAGCAGUAGCCUUUAUCGUUGA